UUUGAAUUUGUUCAUAUGAUUUGAAAUCAAAACUUUAGAAUUGACCAUAGAAUCUCUGAGUGUCUUUCCAUCAAAUUUUUUUCGCCGUUGUGACAUAUAAGAAUCAUUCGAACAAAAUGCCUGUCGAUAAUAAUGAAACAAAAACAACAACAACAAAUGCUGCCAAAAUGAACUUAUCAUCAUCAUCAUCAACGACAACGAACAUAACAACAACAUUGACAACGAUAAAUGUUGGUCAAAAAUCCGAUCAUCAUUCAUCAUCGUUGUUUAAUAAUAAUAAUAAUAAUAAUAAUGUUUCGAAAAGAAUCGUUGAUAAUGAAAAUUGCAUUCCAUCAAAAGAUUCAUCAUCGACAACAGCAACAACGAUCAUAUCUAAUAAUGAUGAAACGAUUAAAUAUUUUUUAACAGAUUUCAAUGAUGUUAUUACUUGUUUUCUUUGUAAAGGUUAUCUGAUUGAUGCUACCACUAUAAAUGAAUGUCUUCAUUCUUUUUGUAAAACCUGUAUAUUAAGAUAUUUUGAUGAUGAUAAUAAUCCAAAAUCACGAUCAUGUCCAAAAUGUGAUACACAAGUUCAUAAAACUAAACCAAAACUUAAUAUUCGUUCGGAUCCAACUCGACAGGAUAUUGUUUAUAAAUUAGUUCCUGGACUUUAUAAAAGCGAAAUGAAUCGUCGAAAAGAAUUUUAUCGCCGUUUUCCUGAUAAAGCUAUGGGUCUUUCGAAUGAAGAAAAAGGUGAAAUUAAUGGUGAACGAUUAAUCCUAUCGAAUGAUGAUCAAAUUCAAAUAACAAUUGAAUAUUUUCCCGAAGUAUCAAAUCCAUUUCCAUUAUUACCAUUCAAUAAUAAUGAUGAAAAUUCAACAAUCAAACUAACAAAUCUUAAUCAACGAAGAUAUUUAUUAGUUAAAUCAGGAAUGAGAGUUUUACAUUUGAAAAAAUUCAUACAAUAUAAAUAUGAACUUGAUCAAUCGAUUCAGGUGGAUUUUUUCUAUAAACAUGAACGUCUUAAAGAUGAUUAUACCAUUAUGGAUGUUGCCUAUAUUUAUUCAUGGAGAAGGAAUAUUCCAAUACCAUUAUAUUAUCUAAUAUUGGAACCAAACAAAACACAUGAUGAUUAUAUUUGGUUAAAUAAAUCAUCAAAUAUAAAUGAUAAAACAACAAAACUAACACCAUUAUCAACUGGUCGUCAAACAACAUUAAGACAAACACGUUUACAGAUGCGUCGAAUGAGCGAUUUAAAUCAUAAUAAUAAUCCAUUAAAUGUUAAUCGUCGUCGUAUGCGUUCAAAUAGUUCAAAUGAUUUACUAGUCGUUUCAUCAUCAUCACCAUCAAACCAUCAUAAUAAUAAUCGAAAAAAUUCCACAACAAAAUUCACUCCAAAAUCAGCAUCAACACCAUUAUCGUUGAACAAUAAUAAUAAUAAUUUAGAUUCCAAAUCAUCAAAAUUAUUCGAAUCAAUAUCAUCCACACGGACAACGACAUCUACUAAUAGUUUAUCAUCUGAAACACCGGAAAAAUCUUUUAUAAAUACAAUAAUUACAAACGCAAAUGAUAAUAAUAAUAAUAAGCGAUCUCCGACUGAAAAUGGUUCGACAGAUCAGAUUAUUCAUUCAGCUGCCAAAAAAUUAAAAUCUGAAUUUAAUAAUUUAUUGAAUGCAGUCAAUUCCAACUCUUCUUCCACCACCACCAACACUGCUGAACAAAUAACUGCCCCAAAGAUCUCAUCAAAUUCUAUUGUCCAGGUUGAUUCAGAAUUCAAAACAAAAACAACCGAGGAAACAGAAACAAAAACGGACAGCAAAAAAAGUGAAGAAAUUAAAAAACAAUCUCCACAGCAACAACAAAUUGCAAGUGUUACGAUUCCACUUUGUUCAGAAUCACAAAAUUCUUCCUCAUCAUCAUCAUCUUCAUCGUCAACUAUAUCAUUGAAAAUUGAUGAAAAUCAUAAAUUUAGUUUAUCAAGAGUGACAACUGAUACAACAAAAUCAAAACUACAAGAUUCCAUAUCAUCAUCAUCUUCUUCAUCAUCUAGUUCCAGUUCAUCUCGUUCAUCAUCACCAAUGACUUUGUUGAAUAAAAUAAUCAAAAAAGUUGAAGAAGGAAACGUUCAACAAUUGAACAAUGGUGGUGGUGGUGGUGGUUCUUCUUGUUUAUCACCAAAAUCCGAAUCUCCUAUUUCUGAGGCAACUAUUGAUAAUAAGGAAAAAAUCGACGCAAACAAAUCAUCGGAAGAAAUUUCUGAUCAAUUACCUUCACUUAUAUCUGCAAAUAGUAUCGCUGCAAUCGAAUCAUCAUCAUCAUCAUCGAAAUCAAAUCAAAAUUCCAAUCCAACAUCAUCAUCUUCGAACGGUGAUGGUGGUGGUGGAUUAGUAUUUUCAACUUUGAUAACCAUAAAUAGCCAACAAAAUUCACCAACAAAUGGUUCAUUGAAAAUUGAUAAAAUUUUAGAUUCACUUGCAUCGAUGGUCGAAGCAGAUGAACUAAAUGAUCGUAAAGCUUUGUCAUCGUCGUCGUCUUCACCGUCCAACAACAAUACAAGUUUACACAUAAACGGUGUUGAUACGAAAAAUGGCACUGUUGUCGAUUCAAAUAAAUCAGAUAUGAUUAUUACACCAACAACAAAUAAUAAAACAUCCAAAGUUCAAACGUCUAGCACGAAUGAAAAUGAUAUUAAUGGAAAAAAUCCCUUAACGAAUUUAUCAAAUAACAACACCAGUGAUAAUAAUGAUAAAUCAUCGUUAUCGGAUUCAAAACCAGUAACGACUACGGCUACACAUUUAUCAUUGAUCAAUACUGUAUUGAAUGGAAGCAACAGUUGCGAUACAGUUGGUAACAACGGUAGUGGUAGUAUGAAUGAUUUUCAAGAAUUUCAAAAAUUACUUUAUGAACAGAUUAAUAAAGCAACAUCGGUAACAACGAAUCAAUCAACCAAAUCAAUGGAUAGUAAUAAUGCAACGAAUAAUAAUAAUAAUCAUAAUCAUCAUUCAUUGGAAUCAUCAUCAUCAUCAGUUUGAAUGAUUGUUGAUAGAUAAUUCAAUCU